UCAGAAAACUCGAGUAAUGACUCUAAUUCUCCUCAUCCCUCUCCUCUGAUUAUCAAUCAAUAUUGGUCUAAUCUUAAGGGUGAUGAAGAGCAAGAAAUGGGAAAUUGGAAACUGGAAUCAAUUACUGCAAUAACAAAGAACCAAUCUACCUCAAAGCAGGCGAAGGACUCCAUGCAAUGGAUCACCGGUUGGAGAUCAAACCCAAUUGGAUGGGAUUCUGAUAUAGGUUCCUGGAGUGCUUUCUGUCCGGCUAUCGUCUGGCAUAUUUGGUUAGCAUGUUGUGAUAAAGUUUUUAAGGGAAUUCAACCAAAUCCUCAGCACGUCUUUGGUAGAGCCAAGCAAUUCUGGUUGGAGAAUGAGCAAGAUCAGCGAAGCACAAGACAUAGCCCACAACUAGCCUCGUCUCGAACUCACACAAACAUUUGGAAGAAUCCGGACAUUGGAACUGCAAAAAUUAACCUAGCUACCAAUUGGAACAUUUCUACUAACAUAAUGACUUUUGCCAUGGUACUAAGAAACACUUUGGGUUAUUAUAGGGAGGUAAGGACCAUGGAAAUAAAGGCACUGAAUAAGGAUGUUGGGGAGGUGUUGACAGCAAUUGAGGCGUGGAACGGGGGGUUACAACUUCAAGUCACCACGAUCAACAUUGAAGCUCACAACAACAAUCUGAUUAGACUCAUGUCAGGACUUCAAAACAGCAUGGAUUGGCAAGCCAAGACAGUCUGGGAGGACAAAACUUCAAAUUUUUUGAAUGCCUUAUCUUCUUCAAAACUAUUUAUUUAUGUUUAAAAUAGUAAAUAGCUAACCCGACAGCAAUUGCAUUAGUUAAAGCUACUACUAAUGCAACGGCAAUCCGCAACUAUAUCGGUUAUCCUCCCUCUAAUAUUUUUAAACUCUUGGA